AUGGAUGCCAAUCGGCUGGAAGGUGGUAAUGCCAGUGGUGAUUGUAAAUUGUGGCAGUACGCCGUGGCGAUUUCGGUUCUUCCGUUGUUUUCUCGAUACGAGAAACAGCACGAGCAUCAAGCCGGGCGGGUGCUUGAGACGAAAUGCGUUCAACGCCAUCAGGACUUCGUGUGCGGCUGGGGCGCGGCUCUGAUCGAGACCAUCCUGACCUACCCGUUCAGCAAGUUGGUCGUUCGCCAACAGCUUCAGGGAAUCCCGUUUCACGUCGCCGUCCAUCAGCUGUACGGAGAAGGCUUGCGCAACGUCUAUCGAGGACUUCUGCCUCCUCUUGUGCAGAGAACCAGUUCAAGGUGCCUGAUGUUCGGGAUGUACGAUGAAUAUUGUAAACUGUUUCAUUGCCAUGACGGAACGUGGAUGCCAUUGCCGUGCAGUGGAGGUGCCGCGUUUCUGGCUGGUACUACUGAGGCAUUGCUGUGUCCUUUCGAGCGAAUGCAGACCUUGCUGCAAAGCCCUCGCUACCAGUCACAGUUCAGGAACGCACUGGACGUCAACGUACUGUUCUUUGCGCUCCGCGACCCGCUUGCCGUCUUCUUCACCAGUCUCGUCCUUCCGGCCGAUUCGUCGCCAUCUGCGGCGGUCACCCCCAUUUCACGCGUGGCUGGUCACUUUGUGACCGGUGCACUUCUAGGUGCCAUUUUAUCGACCUUGUUUUAUCCCGUGAAUGUAGUCAAGAUACGAAUGCAAGCAUCGAUCGGCGGCACGUUCCCUCGGCCACUGACUGUACUGAAGCAGUUGUUGGUCGAACGAAGUUUCAGCGUCAGUAUGCUUUACCGCGGCGUUCAUCUCAACUACACGCGCUCUAUGAUGACGUGGGGAAUAACGAAUGCGGCAUACGAGUUUCUGAAGAGAAGUCUAUUUCCCGGCCCAUGCACAGACUGA